UUUGACAGGCAGCAAGCAAGCGCGUUUUGGUUCUUGUAGCACUGAAAAUUGUGAUGUAAAAAGAUAAAAACAAAUAUUUGCUGGCCAUCAUGGCGAAUCCAAGAAAAUUUAGUGAAAAAAUUGCCCUCCACAAUCAAAAGCAAGCAGAAGAAACUGCUGCUUUUGAAAAAAUAUUGCGUGAAGUUUACGACGCAACCAAUAAGCCUGAAGAGACGACGUUGGCGACGCAAUAUGGCCGUAGUGGGGGCACGAGCCCGUCGCGGAGCCCUGUGCAGCGCGGUCGAGCGUCGUCCUCCGUGGGCCCCAUGCGACGCCCCGCUGACCGCAAACACGACACCAGUCCAUAUGGCAGCACUGUAUACUUAAGUCCACCGCCUGACAGCAACUGGCGACGGACGAACUCCGACUCGGCCCUGCACCAAUCAUGCGGCGAGCAGCAGACGACGACGCAGCCUUUGUCGCCCCACCACCCGCUGCACUCUCACGCUCAUCCACACAUGCAUCCGCAUCCGAAUCACCGCAGAGCUGACAUCCACCUUGACGUAUUGUCCUCAUUCGGAAUGAAUCCAACAAAUCGCCCGCGAUCUUCGUGUGAAAUACCCAGGAUACCAAAUAAUAAUAACGUGUAUGAAAGUGGGGGGGACGGCGGCGGCGGCGGUGGGGGAGGCGCAGCGGGCGGGCUGGCGUGCGGCGAGCUGCAGGUGCCGGGCGGCUCGCUGCCCGACCUCACGUCCGUGCACUUCCCGCAGCCGCACUACAUGCACCGCGCCUCGCCGGACAACCACCAGCCGCGAUACAGCCCCACGUCCCCGGGCGCGGUGUCGCCGGGCGCGGGCAGCGUGUCCCCGGCCACGGGCGGGCUGUCCCCGGCGUCGGGCUCCCCGGUGGGCGCCACGGUGCCGCUCGCCUCCUCUAUGCACCACCCCCACGAACACCCCUCACUUUAUGAUACACAGAAUCACUUAUCUGUACCAAACACAAAUAAUUAUCUCCAUCAUAAUAAGAAUAUGUCGUCACUGGAACACAACGCGUGGAUCACGUCAAGUUACCAGUCGCACUGUAGUCCGCCCUCGCAAUAUUCAUCCACAUCGAAUAUAAACAUACCUUCACCUACGAUGGUGCACAGUCCGGGUAGUCCAGUGGAGUCUCCUCAAACGGACUACAACAAUCUGCACCAAGUAUUGUUGCAGCCCUUCGAGCAGAUCACCAUGAUGGACUCACCCGUGUCUAAUUACAAUACGACGUAUAUGAAUCACAGUUCACCGCAUUCGCAACAGACAACGAAUACGACGCAUACAUAUUCCCAGGGCGGUCACUCCCACCAGCAGCACCAACACCAGCACCAACACCAGCACCAGCACCAACAGCAGUCCCACUCUCCGCCGGCGCGGGCGAGAGACCCGGUGCCGGGCGGCGGAGGGUUCCCGGCGCUACAGCCGCUCGCCUCGCCCUCCGCGCCGCGCACCCCCGCCACCCCCGCCAGCAUCCCCGACAUCAUACUGACGGAUUACUCGGGCGAGAUAGACGCGGGCAUAUUCGGCGGCGAGGAGGCACAAUUACGUGAAGGCCUCGACCUCGACGACUUGACGCUGUUGACGGAGGAGCCCAGCGCUCUACUGCCGGACUCGGCCGUCGAACACGAGUUCCGGCUCGACCGGUUGUAGUACCGCGCAGUGCCUGCCGCCCGCCACGCGUAGGGAUGUCGGUGAUGUUUUUUGAAAUUGGAAUUAUCUUUUCUUUUUUGUUUGUUGCCAGAUUUAAAUUGUAAUUUGUCAUUGUUGUCCUUUUAAUGAGUUGAAAAGUUUGAGUUUAUUUUAUUAUCUAUUUUUAAAGUUGGAAUUCAUAUUUUUAUUAGAGAAGAUUGUUACUUUUUUAUUAUUAUCAGUAUCUGACGGCCAAAAUGUGACAUGCAAGUUUCGACACUAGGAAGGAAUAACUUUCAGUCACUUGUCACUCGCAAAAUAUGCAAUGGAAUGGACUGUUUACGGCCAGUAAGAUACGAUUUAAUUAACUUAUCGCAGACUUGAUUCCUUAUUUUUACAUUUUUUUUUUUUUGCUUAUAAUUUUUAAUUGUUCAGUCAAUUUUAACAUUUUGUUAUGAUAAAUUAAUUGGAAAUCUAGAUGAUAUAUUUACACACCAACAUAGAUAUUUACUAAUAAACAUUUGACAAUCACAAAGGAAAAAUAUCCAGUGUUGAUAUUUUUCAAUAUAUUUACUAAUAAAUGUGAAAUUCGACCGACAUCCCUUCUGACCGCCACGAUCGCAUUCCUACUGUUUGACGAUGACUCCCUAUACUUCAUGACAAUUCGUUUCAAGUCUGAGCUAGAAGGUAGAGGUAGCGAGGCGGGCAGGGCGCGAGAGCUAGUAACAUUCCGGUCGCGCGCCGACAUCCGCAGACUUAAUGAGUGCAAGUGUUCAAUGUGGUUUUAACGUUUUACUCAUGUUUCUAAUUCGGAGGGUUAGGUAUGUUAGUCUUAGAUUUUUUAAAUGGUAAUCGAUCAAUUUAUCGACGAUUCGUGUACAGCAUGAAGUGAUUAUUUUUUAGUAUUGUGAAUAUUUACUCGAAUAUCAUUAGGGAAUUUGAUUCGGAUUAUAUUGAGACAAUUUUAUUACUGAUCUUUUAAUGUGAGGCUGUAAAGCCGGUUCUUUGUAAAUACAACUUGAAGUGUUCACUUAAUUGAAAUUGCAUUUAUCGCUAAUGUUGCAUGCUGGUACGGCUGGCUUUCGAUUGCGUUCAACGAAUUGUCAAACGUUAGUUUUUAUAUGCACUUGCGCAAUUUGUGUAUCGGAAACGUACAAUUGUUUUGGUAAUUAAGGCACUAUGCGCCGCACUCUACGUUACUAUCUUUAUUACACGAUUGCAUCUUUAGCGGUAACGGUUCAUAGGCCGGGGUUGAUUUAUAUGGAACCUUUGUGGUUUGAUAAGGUUAGAGGUUUAUCCAUAGGUAUUUUUACCUUCGCAAACGGUAGACCAGCCCGCUUAUUCAAGAGCAUAGACGAAGCAUGUUUUAUCUUGUCUCCCCGUCUCUUUUUAACACUUGGUAUUACGUCUAAGAUAAAGGGAAUAUAAGACAUAUAUAUAUUGUUAACGUUCAUGAAUAAGUCCCCAGAAAUAAUUCUAAGAUAAGUGGAUGUAAAUGAGUAUAUGUGCAUAGGCCUUAAUUAUUGUUUGUUUUUAUCCAUUGAAAUUAGGUUAUGACUGUAGUUGUAUUUCAUUCCGAAUUAAUACUAUUAGAAAAUGUAUACAGGAAACACCAAAGAAAGAUAUUUUUUUGUCUUUUAUUUUAUGUUAUGAACUUGAACGUUAAACGUUUAUGUUUAUUAUUUAAUGAAAUAAUUGUACGUUGAAGAUACUCUUUGGCACUCUUUUCAUCAUAAAAACACUGAGCAUGAGAUGCAAUUUACUAGCCGGCAGCAACGAGUAGACUAGUCUUAACUACCCCAAUGUACCUAAUACAAGCGGUCACACAUAUCUUUCUUUUUUAUCAUUUUUACAGGGUGUUAAAUCAGAAGACACGCACCACUGAGUCACAGUUUUAAUUUGUAUUUAAAGUUUCUCAAACGGUAAAGUUUUAAAAAUCUCUAUAAAUAAGGAUCAGCCUAUAUUUUUCUCGGUUCAUUUACUAGUGUGUCUUGAAUUUACAUAAAACUAACAAAAACAAAACAGCCGAAAGGUUUCCUACAUCAAAUUUGUGACCGCCCUUGAACUUACAACUUUCAUACUAGCUUCUCGGUGUUACUUAGCAUGAAUACAUUAUGCCCCAAUUCCUUUCUACAUAUUAUAAUUAAUUAGAAUAUCCAUUUACGAGCAUGUAAAUAAGAGAGUUGUUAUUAAAGUUUUUAAUAAGCUUUUGUCGCAAACAUAUCUUGUGUACGUGUGGUUGCGAUCUCGAUACCGUCAGGGACUUUAAAACUUUGUUAUAAUUAAUAUCACAGUUUAUUCGAGUGUUUGACAAAUACUCUACAAUAGGUCCGAGCGAAUAAUUGCAUUUCACACGGUUAAAAUUUUUAUAAUCUGACUUAAAUAGUUUUAAGUUUAAUAAAUUUAGUUAUAACGCGGGGUGCUCGCAAUAUUAAAUUUAGUCAUAUCAAUUUGUUGUUUAAGUCGUUAGGUUCGUGCGUGGUACACUUGCAUUAUGGUGGGCGGUGUGGAAACUUUUUUAAAUUAAUUGCAAAAUACCACAUACAAUUUAAGCUCGUAUUCGCGUACUUUUCUCUGGUUCUUCUGCAUCAAAUGUCAGCCCAAAGACCUAUAUUCCCAUUAUCCACCUCUUAUACAUGACGCACCGCGCACGACUUAUACAGGGUUAUUUUUUAUAAACAAGAAACCAUUUAACAAUUGAAUCAUAACAUCAAACUAAACAACUUUUACUAUUCGACCCACCUCAAUAUCGCGAAAAAAAUAUCGGCUUCAUACAAAAUGUGCAUGCAUAGGCAACCGGAACGUAUGAAAAAGCUGAUUUUAUUUUCGCAAUUUCGCGAUUCCAUAGUUAAAGUUAUAUUUUUGUUAAUUAAAAAUAAACCUGUAUACGGCCUAUGAAUUUGGUGUGUAUUUUCCAAAUAUUGUGAAAAACUGACAAUGUACAAAUUAUUUUAUUCUCGUUAACAAUGUGUGUUAGUUAAUAUUGCGAGUAUCUCAAACCAUACAUAUAUAGACACGUGUUUUGUUUUGUAAAUGCUCAUUUAAUUACGUUUUAAGAGUCUAGUCAUCAAAUUAUGAGUUUCAAACGAAAUAGAACCUGUUUUUUGCACCAAUGAGAGACUGAGCCGAGGUUCGUGCGGUUUCAAUCCAUUCCAAAUGAAUACAAUUCGCACACAUCUGUGUAUGGACUAGGGAAUGGUCCGG